AGUCUGAUGGUAUAAUUUGCCGAUGAACGUCAUCAACAUCGUUUUCUUUUAACUGACCACGAUCAUUCCAUCAUUAGCUGAUGUUGUUUACUUUUUCCAACAGUUACAUUCGAAAAAAUUUCCUUUUUCAUCAAUAAUUAAUUAAUAUUUCAUCAAUCAUGACAUCGUUCUACGAAAUGAUCGGUUCAAUCUCAUUGCUCAUCUUAAUCUUAUGGAUAUUGUUCAAGAUAAUCAAAGGCAUUUGGACAUGUUGCCUUGGUUCAGCCUUAGGAUUUGGUGUUAAAUGGUGUCCAGGACCAUCGACAUGGGCUGUUGUAACUGGUGCUACUGAUGGCAUUGGAUUGGCAUAUGCAAAAGAAUUUGCUCGUAUGGGCUAUUCUGUCUGUUUAAUCAGUCGUAAUCAAGAAAAAUUAGAUCGUACAAAAGAUGAAAUUAAAGCAGAAGCGCCCAAAUGUUCAGAAAUUCGAACUAUUGCCGUUGAUUUUGUUCAAACGGAUAUUUAUGAUAAAAUUGAGAAAGAACUUGGUGAAUUGGAUGAUAUUCAUAUCUUGGUCAACAAUGUGGGUAUUUCAUAUGAAUAUCCAGAAUAUUUUACCAAAAUACCUGAAGCAAAAAAAUUGAUGAAUUCUAUUGUGAAUUGCAACAUAAUGUCUGUGAUGCGUAUGGUCGAAUUAGUGUUACCGAAAAUGGAACGCCGUGGCCGUGGUGUGGUUAUCAAUCUGUCAUCAUAUUCGGCUUCAUAUCCGAUGCCUUUGUUGUCGAUUUAUAAUGCAUCGAAAAUUUUUGUCGAUUUCUUAUCACGUGCGUUACAAAUGGAAUAUGCUGACAAAGGAAUCAUCAUUCAAAGUGUAUUGCCAGCCUAUGUAUCGACCAAAAUGAGUAAAAUUCGACGUACAUCAUUGAUGGUACCAAGUCCAAAAACAUACGUUCAACAUGCCAUGAAAACGAUUGGAAUAGAAUCCCGUACUUAUGGUUAUUGGACUCAUAAACUACAAGGCUUCGUCCAGGAUUGCAUCAUCGCCAACAUUUUAGGAGAGAAUUUCAAUUCAAAGUUGGCUUUUGAUUCAUUGAAAGAUGUACGACGAAGAUAUUAUAAAAAACAAGGAACAAAAAUGGAAUGACUA